AUGUCUGUAUAUCAACUUCAUGGAGAUCAAUAUAGAUAUCGUGACAAUAUAAUUAAAUUCCCUCAAGACAUACAAGAAUUCACAACACAUCUUUCUCGGCAUCCAUUGUCACUAAAUAUGUUUAUUGUGCAUCACAAGCUGCAAAUCAUUCUGAAUCAUUUAGAGACUUUUAUGUUUGACAUUUUAAA